CACCUCUACUAGAAAUACUAUUCGCCAAAAAAGCCGACGAAAAUUAGCAAAGUCAGGGACUGCAAAAUGGAGCCGACGCUGGAUAAUUACAAGAUUGGCUGCGAGUUACUAGGCCACAGCUUGGAUGUGCGCGCAGUGGCUGCUGGAGGCAACGCACCAGGCGGCGGCCAAUUAAUUUUGUCCGGCUCACGCGACAAAAGCACAAAACUCUGGAAGCCAAUGGGCAAUGAGUACAUUGAGAGCGUCACGCUGCAGGACCACAAAAACUUCAUAUCCUACAUCUAUUAUCUGGAGUCGGAGCAGUGGAUCUGCACUGCCAGCAACGAUGCGACCAUUUGCAUCUACGGACAAGAGGGCUUUGUGCCACUAAUCACGCUUAAAGGUCACGAAUCGACUGUCUGCACUCUGGCCGCAGGCCUCAAGUCGCGCAGUCUCAUCAGCGGCAGCUGGGACAAAACAGCGCGCGUGUGGACCAUCAGUGAAACGGGCGAUGUCACAUUUAUUACGCUGCAGGGCCACGAGGCCGCCGUUUGGGCCGUGGCAACGAUGGCCACACAGCAGAAGUAUGUUACGGGCGGCGCCGACAAGUGCAUUUACUACUGGAAUGCCCAGGGCGAAAAGCUGCGGCUGCUCAAGGGCCACACGGAUUGCGUGCGUGGACUCGUUCCGCUGCCCGCCAAUUCUCUGCUAUCCUGCGGCAACGAUGCAGUGCUGCGCUUCUGGAACGAGGACGGCGAGUGUGUGCGCGAGCUGAGCGGCCAUACCAACUAUAUAUAUGCUAUGGCACGCAAUCAGGCGCUGGGCGAGCACAUUGUCGUCUCAUGCGGCGAGGAUAGCACGCUGCGCAUGUGGAAUGUGAUCACAGGCGACGAGUUGGGUGCCCCUAUUCUGCAUCCGGCCAUUUCUGUGUGGUCAGUUGCUUGUCUGCAAAACGGCGACAUUGUCACCGGCUGCAGUGAUGGCGUAGUACGCGUUUUCAGCCAGGAACCGACUCGCCAGGCUGGCGAGAGUCUCAGACGUGCCUUUGAUUUAGCUGUGGCUACGCACAAGUCGCAGCUUAGUGAGGAAAUCGGCGGUGUAAAGAAGACAGACUUGGCCGGACCGGAGGCUUUGUUAUCCAAUGGCACUCGCGAGGGUCAAACGAAAAUGGUGCGCCACGUGGAUGGCUCGGUCAAGUGUUACGUGUGGGAGCUAGGUAAAUGGAGUCUGGUGGGCGAUGUGACUGGUGCCACGGGCGGCACACAGGCCAACUCCGGCAAGAAGCUGCAUGAGGGCAAGGAGUACGAUUAUGUGUUCAAUGUAGAUAUAUCUGAUACGGAGCCACCCAUCAAGUUGCCGUACAAUCACGGCGAAGAUCCCUGGAAAGCCGCUCAACAGUUCAUACACCGCAAUAACCUGCCCCAGGCAUAUCUGGAUCAAGUGGCCAAUUUCAUUGUGAAGAACUCGGAAAAUGCGCCCGCCGCGGUGACGCAAACGACAACUGGGUAUCAGGAUCCUUUCACUGGCGGCUCACGCUAUGUGCCCGGCUCCAGCAACAACAGCGUCCGGGGCACCGGCAAUAUGGAUCCCUUUACUGGCGCCUCCAGCUACUCCACGGCCAACAGCAUUACACAGUCUAGCGUCGAUGUAAAUUUUGUGCGUGGCAGCGAUAAGCACUUUCCUGUCAGCACCUAUCGCACCUUCGACACAUGCGAUGCCAACAAGGUGUUGGAGAAGAUGAAGGAGUUCAACAAUAAACUAACCAACGCAGAGGGUAAAGUGGGCGACGAAGUCUUGCUCGCCGUCAUACGGCUGACGGAGAAGGCACCGGAACUGGAGCCGACAGCCUUGGAGGCAUUGAUGAUGUUGCUCAAAUGGCCGACUGGCAUGCUCUUCCCGGUGCUCGACAUACUGCGCCUAGCAGUGCGUCACGAGGCCGUUUUCUCUCUGCUGCACAAUAGCCACAACUUUUUGAACAGCGUGCUGCCACACCUGGACGGUACGGCGGCCAAUCAGCUAAUGGUUUGUCGCUGUCUGGCCAACGCCUUGACUCACACAGUGGGACGAAAGCAGAUUGAAGCCCAACUGCCGCAAAUCAUUGAGCUGGUUAGCUGCAUACGUGCGGGCAGCCCCAAUUUGCAAUUAGCGAUUGCCACGUUUUAUUUGAACCUGACCAUUUCGCAAACACUGGGCGCGGCCCGUCCAGAUGUGUGUCAUGUGACCACCUCGGGCAUUGUGGAACUGCUCAAGUGGGCCAAGGAUUUGGAGGCCUGGUAUCGCUCAAUGCAGGCCAUAGGUAAUCUGACAACCACGCAGUGCGGCCAGGAGACCAUCGCCCAGGUUGUCUCCGUUGAUUAUGUGAUGGAUAAGUUGCGUGAGCUGACAAAUACACCGCAGGACGAAAACUUCACCAAAGUCAAUUUGGUGGGACAGGCGUUACUUGCCGUAUUUUAAGAUCUGGCGUUGCACGCAUUUAUUUUUAAAUUUUAUAUAUUGGAGUGUGUCGUUUUGAGGGUCUAAUACAAUAAAUACCUUUUGCUUAGCCUA